UUGCAAAAGCGAUUUUUAAAGGUAAAAAAUUUGGAUGAAGGAUUUUUAGGAAAAUCAAUGAUUUUCAAGUAAAUCUAGAAAAUUAAACAAGCUGCAAUCUUUUCAUUUCCCAAUCUAAACAAUUCCAGAUGUCGAAAUCGAAGCGAGUGUUUUUAACAAUAAUGGGUGACGAAGAUUUUUGGGGAAAUGGCGAUAGAAAAAAUGGUGGAAAAAACAACAAUAUCAUACAAGAAAUUGGUGAAAAACAAUUGAAAGAUCAAAUUGAAAAGAAAAUGUAUUAUGAAAGUGCGGGAGAAGAUUCGAGUUAUGAGGGAGGUUUGGAAAUGAAAAAAAUACGAAAUAUUUCGGAAAGUAGCGAUGAUUUAUUGAUUGGAAUGAAAACAUUGAAAACAUAUUCGGAUGAUGAAAAUGUUGAAUCCAAAGAUUCUGAAGAAUAUAAAAUCAAUGAAUAUCAAAAAUUUCUGCAAAAUCGUCCUGAUUCAGAAAUUCGUGUUCUUUUUGAUGGACCAUUUGAUAUUCUCCAUGACACAUUUUUCGAAAUUUAUCAUCAAAUUCGUGAUAGUUUCACUUUGGCUGAUUGCGAAGAAAAUAUUGUGAUUCAACAACUUCAAAGAAAUACUCAAUCAAUUGUCGAACAUCAUUCACAAACAAAACAUGCAGUUGUUGUUUCAAGUUUUCGUGAACCGGAUAGAAGAUUGGGCCGUUUUUCCAAAUAUUAUUAUCAUCAUAAUGUUGGACCAGAGGUUUAUAGUCGAAAAGUUUUUGUUGGUGGUCUUCCAGCUUGUGUCACUGAAUGUAGGUUUUCCGAAUUUCGAAUUUUGUAGUUUUUUGAAUUUUCAGUAGAGAUUCUAUCAUUCUUUUCUCGCUUUGGUCGUUUGCAAGUUGAUUGGCCUAGUAAAAACUCAAUGUAUUCGACAUACGAUUCCGAUCCAUCAUUGGGUUCUUCUGAAUCUCAAAUAGCCUUCAAUCAACCAAAUCAACAAUUAUAUCAACAUACCAAUUCACCACUGCAUUUUUCAUCACUUUCUUCGCAAUUCGGUCAAAUUAAUCCAUUUGUCACUGAUUAUUCGGAUUUUUCACGUGGAUCUGGACAAAGUUUGCCAUCAAUGAGUUGUGGAAUGGUUGAUGAUAAAAGACAAAAACAUCUUGGAUAUGUAUUUUUGUUAUUUGAAAAAGAAAAAAGUGUUAGAGAUUUGGUGACAGAAUGUUGUGAAGAAGAAGCUGGUUUGUUUAUUUCAUUGGAUGAUUGUAGAAGUGUUAGUAAUGUUGUAAGUUGUUUAACGAAGUUAUCUUAACUUCAGCUAUUUCCAGCGUGUUCAAAUUCGUCCAUGGUUACUUGCUGAUGCUGAAUUCCUAAUGGAUUUCAAUGUUCCAAUCAACACAAAACUUGUUGCUUUCAUUGGAGGAGUUCCAAGACCUCUAAAAGCUGUCGAACUUGCUCAUUUUUUUGAACAAACUUAUGGAAAUGUUGUUUGUGUUGGAAUUGAUAUCGACAACAAAUUCAAAUAUCCACGAGGUUCAGGACGAGUUGCAUUCUCGAAUUAUGAAGCAUAUGUGAAUGCAAUUACUGAUCGAUAUAUUGUUUUGGAUCAUGAAGAUAUUCAUAAACGAGUUGAGAUCAAGCCAUAUUUUUUUCAUAAUCAAUCUUGUGAAGAAUGUAGUGGUCGUUAUCAUCGUCAACAUGCUCCAUUUUUCUGUCCAUCACUUGAAUGUUUCCAAUAUUAUUGUGAACCUUGUUGGCAUAAAAUGCAUUCUCAUCCAAGCCGUUUUCAUCAUAUGCCAGUUAUCAAAGGAGUUUGA